UACCAUUUCUUCAAUCUUCAUAUUCUCUUUGUAUGAAAAAUCACUUUUUUUUAAUGAAAAAGCCUGCCAUUUGAUUGUAAAAAAUUCACAGAAAAAGGAAAUAAUCAGAAAUGUGUGGAGGAGCUAUAAUAUCGGAUUUGUUGCUGCCGAGCCGAACAUCGCGCAAGCUGACUGCUGACUUGCUAUGGGGCAGUGGCGGCGGCGGCGCCGCCGAUCUGGGCAACGGCAAGAGGAAGAUUCCGGGGAGUAACCACUCAAAACUACUGAGAUCUAAGCCGGUUGUUCAUAUUGACGAUGAUUUCGAGGCUGAUUUUCAGGACUUUAAGGAUCGCUCCGAUGAUGAAGUGGUGACCGAUGUCAAGCCUUUUGCCUUCUCUGCUUCCAAAAACUCCAACCUUCGGGGAUCAAAAUCUGUAAAAUCUACUGAGAGUGAUGAGGAUUCUGAAAAGUCAUCAAAGCGAAAGAGGAAAAACCAGUACAGAGGGAUCCGACAACGUCCAUGGGGUAAAUGGGCUGCUGAGAUCCGAGACCCUAGAAAAGGUGUCCGAGUUUGGCUUGGAACUUUUAACACUGCUGAGGAAGCUGCAAGAGCUUACGAUAUUGAGGCUCGGAGGAUCAGGGGCAACAAAGCUAAGGUAAAUUUUCCUGAAGAUGCCCCAGUUUCUGCCACAAAACGUGCUGGUAAGGUGAAUCCUUGUGAAGCACUUCCUAAGGAAAGUUCAGACUAUGUUCAGCAAAGCAUGAACCAGAAUGAUAUGACUUUCAUGAAUGUGCUGGACAAUGGCAACUAUGAUUCAUUCAGCUUCCCUGAAGAGAAACCGCCAACAAAUAAGUAUAGUGAUGCUGAUUUUUACCCUUCCGAGGGUGUCUUGGGAGUACAAUCACUUGCCCCUUCUGAUGGUGUUAAUAUCUACUUCAGCUCUGAUCAAGAAAGCAAUUCGCUUGAAUGCUCGGACUUCGGGUGGGGAGAAAAUUGUGCUAAAACUCCAGAAAUUUCAUCUGUCCUCUCGGCUGUUGUUGAAGACAAUCAAACUCAAUUUGUGGAGGAUGCUAGCCCAGCAAAGAAACUCAAGUCAGAUUCUGGAGAUCUGGUGCCUGCUGAAAACACCGAAGAUCCAUCGUUUGAGUCCCAGAUGAAGCCCUUUCAGAUGCCAUAUCUGGAUGGAAAUUGGGAAGCUUCACUCGAUGCAUUCCUCAAUGGAGAUGCAAUUCAAGAUGGUGGGAACGAAAUGGAUCUUUGGUCAUUUGAUGAUGUUCCAGCCAUGCUGGGUGGAGUUUACUGAGCACCAUUUCUGGCUAUCUGUACAUAAAUCUUCAUGUGCGUUGUUGAUGGUCGUCGUGGAUGGAAAUUCAAGCAUGCUUUGGUGCUGUAGAAGACUGGCUAAAUAAGCAUUACAUAGGCAAUAGGGAUCGAACUAUCUUUUGAGACUUUUAAUUUGGGAUGAUUUUAAAUUUGUCUGUGUGAAUGUUAAAAGACAUGUAAACUGAUGUUUCUGUUAUGCCGGGUUUGUUGGUUGCUACAUUAUAUCUUUCUUCUUGUAGACGUAUGCUAUUUUUCCUAAAGCAUUAUGACUUCAUUA